CCCCUCUCCCACAAACCCUUCCUUGUGUGUGUUUUUUUUCUCUCCCCUGUUCCAGCACCAGAGCGUCUUUCCCUCCGUCCUUCUGCCUGCGCUCUCCCUCUUUCUGCCGCCCACUCCUUCCCAGCCAUUGAUCCGACCACUCGCCGGCUCCUUCGCCUCAUUGCAUCGGCCCCCCUGCGCUUUUCUGUAGGGUUUUUAUUCUCUCCCCCCCCCCCUCCUCGGAGAUAAACCCUAAACAUUUUGGGACACCCAAAGAAGCCCACCAUGGCGAGCACUGAGGAUAAACCAGCCAACAAGGAGAAUGCGUCCAGCUGGAAGGACUCCUUCUACAACCCAAGGACGGGCGAGGUGUUGGGUCGUACGGCCGGCAGCUGGGCCCUCAUCUUGCUGUUCUAUCUGGUGUUCUACUGUUUCCUGGCGGGCAUGUUCGCCCUGACCAUGUGGGUGAUGCUGCUCACGCUGGAUGAGCACGUGCCCAGGUACAGAGACCGCGUUCCCUAUCCAGGGCUGGUGAUCCUUCCGAACUCGCCGGACAUCACUUUCAGCAGAGGCGACCCAUUGAAGUACGCGGGCUACGUGAAACACCUGGAGACCUUCCUGCAAAAGGGUUACAAUGACACCGAGCAGGAGAAGAAUCAUGACUGCCCUCAAGGCGAGCACUUCCUGCAGGACAACAGCGAGGAAAUGGAAAAGAAAGUGUGCCGCUUUAAGAGAAGCUACCUGAGCCUCUGCUCCGGCCUGUCCGACACCAGCUUCGGCUACUCUGAGGGGAACCCCUGUGUGCUGCUUAAACUGAACAGGAUCAUCGGUCUGAAGCCCGAAGGGGAUCCUUACAUCAACUGCACUGUCAAAAAAGAAAACGCCGUUCAGAUGCAGUAUUUCCCCAGGAACGGCCGCAUCGACAAGAUGUACUUCCCCUACUACGGAAAGAAAGCCCACAUGAACUACGUGCAGCCCCUGGUUGCCGUCAAGCUGCUGCUCUCCAAGGAAAACUACAACAAGGAGCUGACGGUGGAGUGCAGGGUGGACGGCUGCGACCUGCGCAACAACGACGAUAGGGAUAAGUUCCUGGGCCGCGUCACCUUCAGGGUCAAGGUGGUGGACUAAGAGAGGGAACAGGCCGGUCAAAAGGAACCCCCGAAGCAGAGGCGGCCCACAUUUGAGCAAAGGAAGGAAGUGUCAAAUCCCUCUCAAGACAGCAUUCGGGGAUAAGGCAGAUUAGUUUGGGCCGUAGUAGGAGACGUCGAAUGUUGCUUUGAUGACAUCAAUGACCCUUCUUUCCUUCGAGAUUCCUUGCUGACCUCCGCUAGGGAACAAGCCACAUGCAGGCUCUGCUCCUGAUCCAUCCCAAACCCCCCCCACCCCGGUUGCACAAGUCAUAUACCGUAUCAACCCCGCCAUGGUCUUGCUUUCCUUUUUAAUGUGAUUAGCUAAUUUAUAGCCAUUGCAAGCAGGCCGACUGGAGCCGUUGUGUUACUGCCAACCUGUCCACGUGUAGUCCCCCGGAAGAACGCCGCUGUUUCCAUCCCUCAUCGACGGCAUACGAGCGACGGUAUUAGUUAGCGGCGGUCUCGGGAAGGGAGGUUCGAUCUCGUUGUGUAAGUGAAGACGUAGCUCAUAUCCAGCACAUAUCACAAAGACUUGAUAGGACCGUAUGUUGAUAAUCCAGUAUAGCCACUGUAUCCCCCAUGUACAUGAAACCAAGUCCCUUUCUACAUAGAAAUACAUAGUGAUCCUUAUCAUAUAAUAGAUUAGAUUUUUGUGUCGUGGCCUAUGUCGCCACAAGCCGGUCUCGUGCUGUCCGUCUGCAUGUCUGUCCGUCUUUGUCCGUCUGCCCGUCUCCCUGUGUGCUCACCCUUCCCACUGCAAUAGCCGACACGUGGGUGAGUCCUCCAGGAUCAGAUGAGUUGUGUCCCCCUGCAAAACGAGAAGACACAUACCCAAAGUAUACGUUCAACUGCGCUGAGGGGUAAAAAAAAGAAAAAAAAAAGCAUUGAAAACAUCCACUGUAAGUAUGUACUCUCUAUCUCUACGUGCUCUGUAUCUAUCUGGGUCUCAAAAAGAUUGUUAGUUUUCUCUCUUCA